AUGCCCGUCCUUGAAACACUUGGCGGUGCUCUUUUUGGUGCUGUUCUUCAGGUGCUAUUUGACAAGCUGGAUUCUCAUCAAGUUCUGGACUUCUUUCGUGGGAGAAAUCUCGAUGACAAGCUACUGAAAAAGUUGAAGAGGAAGCUGAUGGACGUCAAUUCUGUGAUUGAUGAUGCAGAACAAAAGCAGUUCAGUAAUUCAUUGGUCAAAGAAUGGGUUGAUGAGGUUAGAGACGUCUUGUAUGAUGCUGAAGAUCUGCUGGAGCAAAUACACUAUGAGUUCUUCAAAAGUGAGUCGGAAGCUGAGUUGCACGCCAGUGCUAGCAAGGUACGCAACUUUGAAUCCAAGAUGAUAGAAGUCCUAGAUGAUCUAGAAUCUCUCUUAAGUCAAAAGGUUGUUCAUGAUUUUAAAAUUUCUACUGGUGUUAGAUCUGGGUUUGGUAAUAAAGUGUCGGCGAAAAAAGUUGAAUCUUCAUCCUUGAUGGCUAAAGAUGCUGUUAUUUAUGGCAGAGACAAGGACAAAGAAAUGAUCUUUAGUUGGCUGACAUCUGACACUAAUGAUAAUAAGCUGUCAAUACUUUCUAUUGUGGGUAUGGGUGGGAUGGGUAAGACCACACUUGCUCAACAUGUAUACAAUGAUCCAAAGACAGAGGAAGCUAACUUUGAUGAAAAAGCUUGGGUUUGCGUUUCUGAUGCAUUUGAUGCUUUGAGAGUAUCCAAAGCAAUUAUUGGAGCUUUCACUAACUCAAGAGAUGACAGUGGAGACCUAGAAAUGGUUCAUGGAAAAUUGAAAAAGAAGUUGUCCGAAAGGAAGUUUCUUCUUGUUCUGGAUGAUGUUUGGAACGAAGACCGAAACCAAUGGAAAGCAUUACAAACUCCUCUUACGUUUGGAGCUAAAGGAAGUAAAAUUCUAGUCACAACACGCAGUCACAAAGUUGCUUCUAUCAUGCAGUCAACCUACAUACACCAACUAAAGCAAUUAGAUGAAGAUCGCAGCUGGCAAAUAUUUGCUAAACAUGCAUUCCAAGAUGAAAACACUAAGUUGAAUUCAGAGUUAAAGGAGAUUGGAAUAAAGAUAGUAGAAAAGUGCCAAGGAUUGCCUCUGGCCCUGGAAACAAUAGGAUGUCUUUUACAGUCAAAGUCAUCUGUUUCAGAGUGGGAAGGUGUAUUGACAAGCGAGAUAUGGGACUUACCAAUAGAAGAUAGUAAAAUCGUACCUACUUUGUUGUUGAGCUAUUACCAUCUUCCUUCACAGCUCAAGAGAUGUUUCGCUUAUUGUGCAUUAUUCCCCAAAGACCAUAGGUUUGACAAGGAAAGCUAA